UCGAGCCUCACCGUCACCCGGGCGUCUUCAUCGCCAAAGGCAAAGAACACAUGCUCGUGACCAAGAACUUGGUUCCUGGUGAGAGUGUGUAUGGGGAGAAGAGGAUUAGUGUUGAAGGGGGUGUUGAGGGUACGAAGGUUGAGUAUAGGGUGUGGAAUCCGUUUAGGAGUAAGCUUGCGGCUGGUGUGCUUGGUGGGUUGGAUGAUAUUUUUGUUAAGCCUGGUGCGAAGGUUUUGUACCUUGGUGCGGCGAGUGGGACGAGUGUUAGUCAUGUUGCUGAUAUUGUUGGGCCGGAGGGAAUUGUAUAUGCCGUCGAGUUCUCUCCUCGUUCGGGACGAGAUUUGAUCAACAUGGCUAAAAAGAGGACUAAUGUCAUCCCCAUCGUCGAAGACGCCCGCCUGCCCAACCGCUACCGCAUGCUCCUCUCAAUAGUCGACGUCGUCUUCGCCGACGUGGCCCAACCCGACCAAGCGCGUAUCGUCAUGCACAACGCGGCGCAGUUCCUCAAAGACGGCGGGCACGUCUUGAUUUCGAUCAAGGCCUCGUGUAUCGAUUCGACUAUCCCGCCUGAGACGGUCUUUGCGAGCGAGGUUGCUAAGUUGAGGGAAGGCAAUUUCAAGCCGCUUGAGCAGGUUACGCUUGAGCCGUAUGAGAGGGAUCACGCCAUGGUUUCUGCUGUGUAUCAGCGACAUGCCAAAAAGAACUAGGUUUCUUUCUUUGUAGGACCUGGUUUUGAUUGUUUCUUCCGUUUGGGAUUCGUUGACUGCUACAUGUAUCCCAUAUCACGUCGUUGUACUAUCUCGUUUUUUCGUUGGGUUUGCAGUCGGAAAAAAAGUAUCUUUGAUAACUUGUGUACUUACAUACUUGGCAACCCUGUGUAUAGUUUUUCCUUUCUCUC